AUGUCACUGGUCAACUUUACGUUGCCGUAUCAAUCGGCGACGCCUACACCGUUCUUCUACGAUGGGCAAAACGGAGGGCAAUCGACGGUGAACAACCUUCGCCUCAACGCCGUACUCCCACCCGCGCCAGCUCGAAAUUUCAACGAGCAGGAGCCGUUCCAAAACGAGCCCUAUAUACCACCGAUCGGUUACCAAAACCAGCAACAGCAAAGGCAACGUCAAUCGACGUUCAAUCGACAAAGGAAUGGGAAUCCGUACGUCGAGCAUUCGUCCUUUUCCUCCACUCAGGACACGAGAUACGCGAAUUACAAUCAAGAUUUCAGGAGGACGCAGCCCAGGCAACAGAUAAGACCCAGUGCACCGCCAUUGGCGCAGCAACAACAGCAACAACAACGAGCAAGCGUGGAAAAGGAGCAAGAGAACUUGAGAACGUCGAGAAUGCCGGAACAGGAAAGCUAUCCCGACAGGCCUAAUGGGUAA